AUGGUCGCCAUCCGUCUGCCUCGUCCAACAGGCGUCUACGUCCCCAACUCUCCCCGGAGCGUCACCUCCGACAUGAUCUCCUCUCCUCUCGCCGCCGACUUCAACUUCGACGCCGAAACCCUGACUCCAUCCAUCAUCCCCGCUCUUGAGUACAUCUCCUCCAAGCUCCAGCAGAAAACAAGGCAUGUCACCCUCCUCGUCGGCCGCGGAAAGCCCUAUCCCACAGGCCGACCGUCGGACCUCAUCGUCAUCCCCUCUGCUACCCUCGAGCCCUCCGUACACCGCGCCCUGGCUCGCAUCUUCGCCAAAGCAGCACAAAGAUUCUCACUCGGCCAGAGCUGGUCCGAAGCUCUUGCGCGCUCGCAGUACGAACGCUCAGCGAACAAGUACCUCAUUGAGCGCUCGAUCUUGCAGAACGAGGUUGUGUUCAGUCGGGAGGGCCUGACACUGCUCAAUGUCGACCGGAUUUAUACGUUUAAGCGUCGUCUUUGCAUUCUGUCUACUUCAAAUUCCGCUUCACCUUUGGCCUCCGCUUCAAAUUCAACAACACCCAACCCACGCCGUGACUCUUACAUUGGCUCCUGCGUGCGCCUCCUCCACCGCACUAUCCAGGACUUCAAUGGCCGCCCGUUCAGCAAGGCUUUCUUCCACCGUGUCUAUGAACAGCUGGAUGUUGACGACUCUCUGCUCUCGCACGUCGCAGAUGCCUACAAGAAGCAGUAUAAACAGGAGGGCAUCGUCGUCCCUCCCACAUCAACUGCAACUACAACUAAAACCACAGCUCCAGCAUCAGCUCCAGCAUUAACUCCAGCACCAAAAUUCCAAGAAACCAAGCCGACCAAGCCCAUAAAAUCCCUCAAACCAACCAGCACAGUAACAGUCACCGCCGUAGCCGAAAAGAAAGAGUUCAAGAAAGCCCUAAAGUCACCCGUGCGCGCGGUCCGGAUCCGCAAGCAAUCAUCGGGCCCUCCACUCUCAGGAGCAAACAGUGCUACAAGGCGCGGGCCCAAGACGCCCCUGUCGGCGUCGGAUGUCACGCCCAUCACGCGCAACGAGUGGAAUUUGCUCUUUGGACCGGAUUUUAGGAAGAAUAGGCCUGUUGUUACCAAGUGGACGCCUUCACCUACUGUUCUUGCUGCGGCCUGA